AUGAGCACUGAGGAAAGAACUAUGCUAGCGGAUAUCGACAUUGAAGAAAACAGAAAUGGACACGAAACUGAGAUAGACGCUUCUGGGUUGGAGUGUGACAUCAUCCCUACAAACGAGAAAGAAAUUCGUGCUGGACAUGAGAACACGACUGAAGCACCGAAGAGCGCCCCACCGCACGAGAAAGAAGAUCAUAUUGCGAUUGCUGCUCUCGCCAAGAAUACCAGCGGUAUGAACAAAUGCUUCAUCAUUUGCGCUUUUGCAGUUGUCGCAGUUGCCUCAGGCGUAACUGGGGCCUUAAUUGCAAGAAAACAGAGCCCUGGUGCCAUUGCACUCUCCACGAACCCUAUCGUGCCUCAAACUACUGUAUCUCCGACAACAUCACACCCGACAACUGCACCCUCGACCCAUUCAAACCCUACAGAGGAACCAACUUCCCCACCAACGACUGCUUCUCCCUCGACCCAUUCAAAUCCUACGGAGGAGCCAACAUCUCCACCGACUACUGCUUCUCCAACAACCUUGACACCGUCUUUGAGUCCUCGUCAAUCUGCUAUCCUCGAUGCUUUUACCGACUAUGGUCCUGUUCAUGCCGAGGCAUUUCAAUGGCUGCUUGAUACCGAUGAGUGGGUACCAUCCUCAAUGAUAUCGGGGGAUACGAAAGCUUUGUGGCAUCAAAGAUACGCAGUUGCAACGCUCUUUUACUCCACCAAUGUACCAUAUCUAGCCAACAGUGCCUUUCGUACAACGAAUUCAGUUUGUGAAUGGGCAGGAAUUGAGUGCUCGGACGGAUUGGAAGUUGAUGAAUUGGAUUUGGCCCAUGCCAUGAUGAGCGGGAGCAUCCCUACAGAAAUUGGAAUGUUGACUGGGUUAUCGUACCUCGAUUUCACAAAUAACGACAUUGGUGGACCGUUGCCGUCCGAGAUUGGUUUACUGUCUGAUCUCAAUGAUAUUCUGCUUUCACACAAUUCGAUUACCGGGUCUGUGCCGUCAGAAAUCGGGCAUUCUAGCCUCUGGUUUCUCUAUGCGGACCACAAUAAGUUCUCAGGAAGUCUUCCGCCUCAGCUUAAAAAAGUUUUGGGCGUAGACUUGUCUUUCAACCAACUAUCAGAACAUAUCCCAGAUGAUUUGUUUACAGACCGAUUGUCGAUGCUCAUCCUCAAUGACAAUAGGCUAUCUGGAUCUUUGCCUGAAUCUUUGCUUGAGGCAAGCCAACUUACAACACUUUGGCUCUGGAACAAUGAGCUCACUGGGUCAAUACCGGCUUUGAACGCCAUAUUGUCAAGCUGUAAGAUCGGAAACAAUCAGUUCUCAGACACGACGAAUGGCGAGGGCUUUUGCUCCUUGUAG